UAAUACGUAUAAUAAGAAUAUCGCAAAGCCAAAAAUUGUGGGAAUAUCACCAAAAUUCCCAACACCAAAAAUCAGGUUCAUCUCCUCCUUCUCGUCACCUCACUUACGGAGCAGCUUUUGGCCCGCCUCUCCCCCUCAGCAAGGUUGGUCAAUGAUAAAAUGAGCCGACCAACAACCCGUAGUAAAAAUAAAAGGCAUAGACAAGUGGAGAAUGAUGAUACCACUUCUGAAAUAUUAAGGAAAAUUCAUGCAACGGGUCAAAUAAAUGAUGAUGAUGUAUUUCAGCUGUACAUGAUCACAAAGCCAGUUUGUCAAGGAUGUCGCGUGAAUACUAAAGACAACCCUAAUUGUUUUUGUGGGUUAAUUCCACCUCCAAAUGGAAGUCGGAAAACUGGCUUAUGGCAGAAAAUGUCAGAUAUUGUCCAAGCCUUUGGUCCAGAUCCAUUUAAAGAUCUCCGUGCUUCUGCUUACUCACCUGCAGGUCUCACGAAUCUGGGUGCAACAUGUUAUGCUAACAGCAUUCUACAGUGCCUGUACAUGAAUAAAUCAUUUCGACAAGGUGUUUUCUCUGUUGAACCUGAUAUUUUGGAGCAACAUCCUGUCUUGGAUCAACUUGCCCGACUUUUUGCACAAUUGCAUGCUAGUAAAAUGGCCUUCAUUGACUCUGCUCCAUUUAUAAAAACACUUGAGUUAGAUAAUGGAGUUCAGCAGGAUAGCCAUGAAUUUCUGACCUUGCUUUUUUCUUUGCUUGAGCGUUGUCUAAGCCAUUCCAAAGUUACCAAGGCAAGGACAAUUGUUCAAGAUCUAUUCCGAGGAAGUGUAUCACAUGUGACAACGUGCUCCAAAUGUGGAAAAGAUUCUGAAGCUUCUUCAAAGAUGGAAGACUUUUAUGAGGUUGAGUUGAAUGUCAAGGGCCUGAAAACUCUAGAUGAGAGUUUAAAUGAUUACUUGAGUGUGGAAGAGCUGCAUGGUGAUAACCAAUAUUUUUGUGAGUCAUGUAACACAAGAGUUGAUGCUUCUCGCAGCAUCAAGCUACGUACACUGCCUGAUGUGCUUAAUUUUCAGCUUAAGCGCUAUGAUUUCCUUCAAAAGACUACGACAAAGAAGAAAAUUUCUUCUUUGUUCUCUUUUCCCGGAGAGCUAGAUAUGCGGGGGAGGCUGUCUGAACCUUCUCAAGUGGAAUUAAUAUAUGACUUAUCGGCAGUACUUAUUCACAAAGGAACUGCUGCAAACAGUGGCCAUUACAUAGCUCACAUUAAGGAUGAGAAUACAGGGCUGUGGUGGGAGUUUGAUGAUGAGCAUGUCUCAAACUUGGGUCAUCAUCCAUUUGGAGAAGGCUCUUCAACUUCCAACACUAAAUCUAUUCGAACUGAGCCAGUUGUUUAUUCAUCUUGCAUAGGAGUGGAUGGCACUGCCAAUGGAAAUCAUUUGGAUCAAAUUCAGCAGCAACACGCAGAAUCAAGUAUUGGGAGUCAUGCAGAGAUAUUUUCAUCUACUGAUGCCUACAUGAUAAUGUACAAUCUUAGGUGUAAUAAGAAGAAUGACAUGAGGGGAUGUACGAUGUAUAGUGCCAACUGCAUGGAACUAGAAGGGGAUGUAGUUUUCUUGCAUGAUGGUAUAUCUCUUCCAUCUCAUCUUUUUCAGGAGAUAAAAGACUUGAAUUCAUCAUAUGAUGAUGCAUGUGAACAAUACAAAUUGAAGAAGGAAAGAGAACUAGAGCACAUAACAGCGAGGAGACAGGAAGUGAGAUCAGUGCUAUCUGAAGCUCCUGUUCAUUCAGUUGAAGAACCAUUUUAUUGGAUUUCUACAGACUGGCUUCGCCAAUGGGCUGAUAACAUUACUCCUCCUGUUUUAAAUAAUACAUCUAUCCAAUGUUUUCAUGGAAAAGUCCCAGUUUCCAAAGUUGGCUUUGUGAAGCGAUUGUCAGCUAAAGCCUGGAUGAAAUUGUUCUCUAAGUACAAUGGGGGCCCAGCACUUGCCAAAGCUGACUACUGCAUGGAAUGCCUUAUUGAUGUGGCACGCACAGUCGUCUGUGCUGACAGCUAUAGGGACCGAAGAAAAUUGAUGAAAGAGAUUGCAGACAAUGUACUUUUGGGCAAGUGCGUGGAUGGAACCUACUAUGUGUCAAAGGCAUGGUUGCAACAGUGGGUGAAAAGAAAAACCCUUGAUGCACCUAGUGAAGCUGAUGCUGGACCAACAAUGUCUAUUACAUGUCCUCAUGGGCACCUGAUGCCGGAACAAGCUGCUGGUGCUAAGCGAUUGCUGGUUCCUGAGAAGCUAUGGCUCUUCUUUUAUGAAGAUGCAAUCACAAUAAAACCUGAUGAACCUUCAGGUUGCUCAACUUUUCCUUUUGACUUUCAAGAGUGUCCUGAGUGCAGCAAUGCACUUUCGGAAGUUGCUUGCUUGGAAGAUUCUAUAAGAGCAGUAAAGCUUAAACAGCGCCAAAAUCAUGAAAAAUUGGCCACGGGCAAGAGUAUUCCACUGUCUUUAAACUGCAAGUAUUACUUGGUGCCUUCUACUUGGCUUUCAAAAUGGAGGAGCUACAUCACUGCAAGCGGCAAAAAUAUUUCAUCUAUGGAACCUGAAAUUCUUGAUGGCAUCAUUAAUUUGCUGAAAUGUGAAAAGCAUUUACGUCUUCUUGAAAGGCCGCCAAAAGUGGUCUACAAACGUGGUUCCUAUUUCCAGAAGAGUUCUACUACAGAUAGGUUGACAAUUAUCACUGAGAAUGACUGGAAAUGCUUUUGUGAAGAAUGGGGUGGUACCAAAGAGGACGGCAUAUCUGCUGUGAUUGAGUUAAGUAGCACUGAUAAUUUGGCUGGAUGCUGUGAGGACAUGCCAAUAUCUGUGCAGCAACUUGAUCUUCCAAAUGAAGUAAAUAAUGAGGUUGAGUCAAGACAGGUGGUGAUUAGGACCUGCCCGGAGGCAUGUGAGGAGUGCAUUGGAGAAAGAGAAAGCUGUGAGUUGAUGCAAAAGCUUAACUAUGCUGAUGAAGAGAUUUAUGUUUAUCUUGUACGUGGAAAAGAAGCCCCAAAAUCGAUCUUGCAAGCAUCUGAGUACUCUGAGCCAGAUCGACGAACCUCCAAGCGUUCUCGAAGGACAAACAAUGGAAAUUUACUAAAUUUAAAAGUUUCUGCAUCUACAUCAAUAUACCAGUUAAAAAUGAUGAUAUGGGAAUCACUCGGGGUUGUUAAGGAAAACCAAAUACUUCACAAAGGAUCCCGAAUAAUUGAUCAGGAAAUGGCAACUCUUGCAGACAUGAAUAUAUUUCCUGGAGAUAGGCUUUGGGUGAAAGAUUCAGAAAUCCAUGAAGAUCGAGAUAUUGCUGAUGAGCUUUCUGACCAGAAAAUGAAUGUUGAUAAUAUUGAAGAAGGAUUUCGGGGAACACUAUUGACAGCAAAUAUUUCAUCUCAAGUUGUUUAGAGGAAGAAUACUUUUGUUUUUUGCCUACAACAAAUUUUUGUAGAUAUUUAUGCUGGAAGAAGAAAUCAUGGAAUGCUUCUAUUUGCAUGUUAGGAGAUGGUAGGAAAGCUGCUGCUUAAAGGAAUUUUUUGUCUAUUUCCCAGCCCAUUUUUGUGCCUUGAUAAUAUGAAGAAAACCCGGACUUACUCAUCCAUGGCAGAUGCUUAGAGUAAACUGGUGGGUGACCACGCUGAUAGAAGAGGAUCCUGGAAUUGCUGAGAAGCGUUUUUUAUAUAUACAAGUGGAGAUGGAUAUGAGUAUCAGUUGAGGGGCUGUAAUAUUCCUUUGGUUGUACUGGAGAUGCUUUUAAGUUGUAGACUAUAUUUUGCAUGUACAAAUGAGUAAUAUCUGUUUAAGAUGUGGAGAUAGGAUGCUGAGUGCGGUUCAUACUGAGAUCUAGUCGUGUUGUGUGUCAAGAACAUCAGACCUAUCGAGUACUAGAAGUAGUAUUUUGGUAAAUAUAUAACGUAGCUUUCCUGGAAUCUUA